GGUCGGAGUUUCACCUGGUUGGGUGAUGAAGAAGUGAAAUACUCCAACUGGAAAGAUGGAGAGCCCAAUCAGAUGGCAGGAUGUGGUCACAUGACCACUACAGGCCAGUGGACCAUGACUCCCUGUGACGCUAAACUGGAGGCUGCGAUUUGUCAGAUUAAAGAUGAGCCUGUCAAUCAUCAGUGGAUCUACCCCGGACUGUGCCCCCGCUCUGUGGGCGAGUGGGCCUGGGUGCCCUACAGAAACCACUGCUACGCCUUCAACCUGCAGCUCGUCAGACUGCAGCAGGACGCGCGCUCCUCCUGCAAAAAAAUGGGAGCAGAACUUCUGUCCAUCCUGGACGAGGCGGAGAACGGCUUCAUAUGGGAACACAUCCAGAC